CAUUACCUCAAGAAAUUUUCGUACAACAACACACAAGCUUCUGAUCUGUGGGAAGCUUUCGACGAAGUCGUCAAGAACGUCGAAGGACCCGACGAUACACUCAUGAAUCGUUGCCUAUAUUCAGAUGGGACCAAUGGUAACGUGAAAGACAUUCAACACACGACAACUUUAAAGUUCAAGUGGGAUAUCCCUCUGUGGUAUCAAGAAGGCGAAAACCAGAAGAUCAAGCGGACCUGGCUAACCAGAGAUAAGCCGCUCUAUUUCCACGUGGAUAGUUCUGAUGUAUCCAUUGUUGUGAACGCCGACCGGCAUGGAUUUUAUCGGCAAAACUAUGAUAAGGACGGCUGGGAAAGGAUCAUCAAGCAGCUCAACGAAAAUCAUAGG